AAUUCUUCAGGAUUUUUCUUCUGUAAAUCAAAACGAAAGUAGGGAAUUCCCAAAAAAUAUAACCACUUGUCUCGUGAGUCACAGAAAAUAAAAACAAGAGUCCAACUUGAUCUCAAGGACACAACCAAAGAUUUUUGAAAAGGCUGGUUAAAAGGGUAUGAAAACACUGCAAGAUUAAGAUGGAGUUAAUUUGUUCAUGUCAUGCAGCUACCAGUAGAAGAGUAAAGCAGAUACAAGAUAUUUGUACAGGAAAGGAUAUAUCUGUAACUGUUAGGCAAUGUAAAGGAAUUGAAGAUGUUAAAAGAUUGGAACUUGAUGUAAAUAAAUGCUGUGUGCUAAUACUAGAUGAUGAACUGGUUGACUUAUUAGAAAGUUGUGGAAGACUUGUGGCCAAAAUACUAAAGAUAACAUCAAAGCCUAACAAGUUGAUAUAUUUCAAACUUGUUACUUGCGAGAAAAUGGAAAUGUUUGACGAAUGUGAAUGGAGGCAAUGUGUUAACUCGGAGGAGGAACUGAUCAAAAUUUAUACAACAAAAAUAUGUAAAUCUCCGACAGAGUCUGAUGAAACAUCAAAUACAUGUCAAACAAUGCAGUCAUUGAGCUUGCAGAGUGCAGAGUCUUUGUCCAAUUCGUUGUUUACAAAUGAACCAGCUGUGAACCAGUCAUUGAAAAUUACUCAUGCAAGACCAGAAGCUGUAGAAAGUAGACAUUCUUUCUCUAGUGGGGAUGACAAUCAUGAUGAGAAACAAUGCCAGAAUGACUUGAAAAUACAAUCUGAGGAGAAAGGUGUUAAUAAGUCAAAGAGUGAACAAAAUCUUGGUUCCUCAGUUAGUUUACCAGAAAACAAACAGAAUAAUUUUGAACACAAAGGAGACAGGAAAAGUUUACCAAAUGAUUUACAGAGUGUUGCUACAAACAACUUAUAUCCAAGGUUGAGUGGAAUUUCAUCAUAUAUGGAAGCAGGAAUGUCAUAUGGCAAUGCACAGUCACAUGGCAAUUUGCCAACACAUUGUCAUUCAGAGUCACAAAGUCAAUUCCAGUCCCCAACCCUGAAUAGACCAUUACAACCUUGGUCUUCUCCAAAUGGAUGUAGCUUUAAUUCAUCUGGUCCUCAGGCUAUGACUUGUCAGAGUGGCCAGGGAUACAGUUGUCGUUGUGGUUCAUGCCAAACGCUGCAUCAACACUCUGCAAGUUUUCCUCAGUUCCAUACCUUACAGCCAAAAUCUAUAGCAGGCAGUUCCACUGGCAGACCUGAUACAACCAAUAACAUGAACUUUAGACCAGAGAUAAUUGCCAUCAACAGAGGUUUUACACCAACAUAUAAUCCUAAUAUACAGACAGAUGGAUCAGAUAACAGGACCCUUUCUUGUGACCAUUGUGGACAUUCUGUUAUCCCAAAACAUGAAAUGAGUGAUGUUGGACCUUCAUAUGAGACUCAUCAUUCUGCUGGUGGUGCUUCUGGUAUGACAGAGAAAGAAUACACGAAUCCCGACAAAAUCAGUGUAUUAGAAUUAAAGGAAGCAGUUAUGGUAAUGAUAAGAGACACCCUUGAUUGUUCCGAUUAUUACAACUGGAAGAAACUUGCCGACCUCCAUAAGUGGUCCUUUGGUCGAAUAUACCAGCUUGAACAGAAGUGGAAGAGUCGUAAAAUCGAGAGUCCUUUCAUGCAUCUGAUUGAAGAAUUUCAGCAUUAUACCCUUCUAGAUCUGAAGGAAGAUUUGAAACAAAUCCCAAGAAAAGAUCUGUUGCACAAAAUAGAGGAACUUCAGAGGGGAGGAAUGUUGUUCCAUAAUUAGAUCACCGUCACAAAUUCAAGGGAGAUAAUUAAAAAUGUUAAACUUUCAUUAUUCACUAUGCAAAGUGUUUUUAGGUGUUGAAUUUAAAGUAUCUUGAUUAAUUACUGUAACGAUGAAGAAUUUUAAAGUACUGAUGAUAUUUAAAAUCCAGAUAUGCAUUUUCAGGGUUAAAUCCAAUACAGCUGUUUUGAUAUUUCACCUAAUCAGAUAGAUGAUAUAAGAAGCCCCCGACAAGGUUAAUCAU